GAAAUAAGCCAGAGAAUGUCUGCAAAGAGUUCAAUUCAGGUGUGCAUCAAGGUGCGCCCCUGCGAAGCCGGCAAUGCAUCGGUGUGGGAAGUGAAGGAGUCCCGCUCCAUACGCCUUAUCGACAACCAAACUGAUCCGUGUGUCUUCGACUAUGUGUUUGAUCAGAAUGGAAAUAACCAGGAGGUGUUUGACCGCAUGGCCAAGCACAUUGUCCAUGCCUGCAUGCAGGGCUUCAAUGGUACUAUUUUUGCCUACGGCCAGACGUCAUCAGGCAAAACGUACACAAUGAUGGGCGACAGGGAGAACCCGGGCGUAAUGGUUCUUGCUGCUAAGGAGAUCUUCAAGCAGAUAGCCAACGACAACGAUCGCGAGUAUUUGCUUAGAGUGGGCUACAUUGAGAUCUACAACGAGAAAGUCUACGAUCUGCUGAACAAGAAGAACCAGGACCUCAAGAUACACGAGGCCGGCAAUGGCAUUGUGAAUGUGAAUUGCGAGGAGUGCAUCAUAACCAGCGAGUCGGAUCUGCUGCGGUUCCUCAGCAUGGGCAACAAGGAGCGCACUGUGGGCGAAACCAACAUGAACGAGCGCUCCAGUCGCUCCCAUGCCAUCUUUCGCAUCAUCAUCGAAUCGCGCAAAAGCGAUCGCACUGUGGACGAUGCCGUCAUUCAGAGUGUCUUGAAUUUGGUGGACUUGGCCGGUUCUGAGCGGGCCGGGCAAACAGGUGCGAGCGGGACUCGCCUCAAGGAGGGGAGCCACAUCAACAAGAGUCUUCUGUUCCUCAGCAACGUGAUCAUGAAUCUGUCCGAAAACUUGGACAAUAAGUUCAUAAGCUUCCGCGACUCCAAAUUGACGCGGAUACUGCAGGCUUCGCUAGGAGGCAACGCCUUCACGUCCAUCAUAUGCACCAUCAAACCCUCGAUUGUAGAGGAGUCGCUAUCGACAAUCAAUUUCGCUAUGCGCGCCAAGAAGAUCCGCAUCAAGCCCGAGGUCAACGAGAUGGUCUCCGAUGCAACAAUGAUGAAGCGGCUGGAGCGGGAGAUCAAGGAGCUCAAGGACCGCCUGGCCGAGGAGCAGCGCAAGAACGAGAGCCAGCUAAAGGUGAAGCAGCUUGAGAACCGCAUCCAGAACGACAUGCUUAAGAUCAUCACUAGCAACUCGCUAAACGACAAGCGGUUUAAGAAUCGCCGCCGUACAUGGUGCCCUGCCACCUCGAUUCCAGAGAGUGCCAUCCCCACACCGCUGCAUUGCGGACCGCCAGAGCCCAAACAGGACCAUCGACAAUCGAAGCUUUCCCAUCUGCCGAAGCCGGUGUUCUUUCCCAACUCGCACAUCAGCCACCGCGCCGACAACGGUCCCAAGACCAUUAAUAUCAUGAAGUCGCUGGACAUUGGCACUAGUGAAGAGGAAUUCAGCCCAGCCGAGCUCAUCGACUUUGGUCUGAGGCCCUCGGAUGUUUUGAGGACGAAGGAGCUUAGCAGAGCUGAGCUCUCUCUCACGCCCAAUGUGGGAGUUUCAAGCUUGGUGGAGAAAACGAAAAUCGAUCGCUUGGAGCUGCAAAUGUUCACCUCGUUAGAGAAGCAGUUCGAAGGGGACUGGGAAAAGUCCCAGGCUCUGGCAGAGAAGUUGUCCGAGGUGACAGCCCAGCGCGAUGAGCUAGAGUCAGAGAGCCAAAAGAAUGCCCAGCGUUGCGAAGCCCUGCAGGCCGAGAUAGAGGCAGUCAAUGCCAAGAACACAGAGUACGAGGAGCAGCUGAAGGCCUUGAAGGAGACCAUUCAGAAGCUGGAGGUGGAGAAUCGUGAAGCUGUGAGUUUGGAAUUCGAGUACCAGUCCCACAAAACCAAAUCAAAGCUUCGAGAGACCGAUCUACUGUCGGCUCUGUCGGAAAAGGAUUUGGCCAUCGAAAAUCUGCAGAAAACUCUCGAUGAAAUCUCCCGCGAUGUCCUGCGCAACAGCAAGGAGGAGCUAAUGCGCUCCAUUUGCCCCGAGCUGGAGUCAAGCCCCGAGAGAAUCUGCACCAAAUGUCUGGAAUUUGACAGCCUCUUGGCCGAUGCCGAUACAAAGCUGAAGAACGUUCAGGUGGCCUUUACCCAGAAGACGCAGGACUGCGAGCGCCUCAAUACCCAAAUAUCCACAGCCCAUGGCGACAUGGCUAUUCUGCAGGGAAAGUACGAUAGUCUGGAGCAGAAUUUGCAGAGCCAGCAGCAGGCCAUUGAGGCCAUGGAGGCAGACUAUAAUUUACUCCAUCAGAAGUACCAGCAGCUGCAGCAGGAGUACGAGGAUCUGAGGCGAACGUCGAGUGCUUCCGAAGAGCAGGUUCUGCUGCUGGAGGCAGACAACACCAGACUGCAGGCCGAGAUUGUCACUCUGAGGGAGCGAGUGGAGGAGGCGCAGCGUCUGCUCUUGGAAGCUCCCAGUCCCGAGACCCUUGCGGAACAGUUCAAGGCCCAGAGCGAUCAGCUCAAGGCAGAGCUGGCGAAUGUCCAGACGAGCCUUGCGGAGAUGCAGGAAGAGUACAAUUGCAUGUCGAACCAGCUAAUGGACAGUGUGGAGGAAUGCGAUGUCCUACAGAACGAGGUCAGCGCUCUGCGUGAGGAACUUAAGCUGCAGCGGUCGAUGCCCAGCUGCGACAUCGAGUCCAUGAAGAGCUCAGGCGUUGGCACCGAGUGCAGUGAUCUUGAUUCCGACGCAGACAGCGGAUUUUUGGAGAAGUUUGCUCGGCUGUCAGAUUCGCUGCACGAGAUAGAGCUGCAGCAUCGCUCGGGCAGCAGUCGCCUCUUCAGGGCCACUAAGAUUCAUGAGCAGAAUGUGCCCGGCCUGAAGCUUUGCCUCGAGUCAGCUACAGACAUACACACCGUCUCUCACCCGCUCGAUGAUAAUACAGCCGAUGAGGUGUGCCUGAAGGGCGUGCUGCGACAGCACAGGUUCCAGAUUAUCAGACUCACCCAAGAGUCAGCGCCAGGGGAAGAAGAGGUGGAGAAGAGACGUCUGCUCGACCACAUUGCUCGGCUGGAGAUGGAGAUUGCGGAGAAGAAUAUGCUGAUCGAUGUCACGGAGGGAACUAUUAACGAGAUGCGCGAACAGAUGACCGACCUGGAGUCGGCUCUCCUGGAGAAGUCGGUGAUCGUCAACAAGGUUGAGUCCUACCAGCGACAGAUCGAGUCCCUAGAGAAGCAGAAUGCCGAGAUAACCAUCGUCUGUGAGGAGCUGCAGGAGAAGGUGAAGGAGAACACACUGAGCGAGAGUCUCAUGUUAUCCCAUGGCGACGAUACCCUGCCCGGCAGCACAUCCCCCUUGUUGCUGCCAGACCAGGAGGCAUCCGAGAUAGCUGCCCUCAAGACAUCCCUUUCCGAGCUGAAGGACAAAGUCGCCGAGCUCCAAGGCCGAGUGGAGAUACAACUGUUGCAGUUGCAGCAAAAGGACAACCAUAUCGAUCAGCUGCGUACGGAAAUCGACGAGCUGAAUGAGCGCUGCAUGUCCAUGGAGGUGAAGCAGGUGGAGCUCCAAUCGAAUGCCAGCCAGAAGCAGCAGCUCCUGGAACGACAAGCAGAGAAGUUGGCAGACGACGUCCAACGCAUCGACCAGCUACAGGAAACCAAUGCGAAGCUCGUCGAACGCAGCACUAAGGCUGAAGAGUCCCUGUCGGAGAUGCAGGAGCGUUUGCUGCAGAAAAAUGGAGACAUCCAGACUGUUGAAGAAGACUUAAAGAGUGCCAGAGAUCGCAUCGAGACUCUUCAAGAAGACCUAAAGAGUGCCAGAGAUCGCAUCGAGACUCUACAAGAAGAUCUGAAGAGUGCCGGAGACCACACCAAGACUGUUCAAGAAGAUCUGAAGAGUGCCGGAGAUCGCAUCGAGACUCUUGAGGAAGACCUAAAGACUGCCAGGGAUUCGAUUGAGGCCAUUGAACAAACGAAGAUAGAUGAACUGAACGCCCUUAAGCUGGAAUAUCUCGAUAAAAUAGAGCAGAGCGAGAACGAAUAUCGCGCCAACUUCCGCAAAUACAACGCGGAGUGGGAGGAGGGCAAGGAACGCUACGAACAGAACGUGGCCAGUCUCGUGGCAGACCAAGCCAAGGCUGCUGCUCAACACCAGGCAGAGCUGGAGGACAUCAGGAUAGAGCAUAAUUUGGUCUUAGAUCAGCUGAGGCAGGAGAAGCUCGAACUUGAGUCGCUUUGCGCGAAGAGCCAGGAAUUGGUGGAGGAACUACAAUCGCAGAUGAACGCCCACGACCGCAGCUCAUCCGUACAGCUGGAUGAGCUGAUAGCCGUCGAAAAGCAGAGGAAUCAAGAGCUUAAAGACAGAUGCGAGGAGCAUAUUUUGGACUACGAACAGCAGAUUUCUAAAAUCCAAGCUGACCUGGAUAAGCUGAAGGAGGAGAAGAUGGCUCUGCACUCCGAGAUCAAAGAGGCGGAAUCGCAGCAUGCGAGCACUUUGGAGAAGAUUCAACUAAUGGAGCGAGAACUGGAAACCCUGAGCAAGCAGACAGCCUUCGAGAAGGCUGAACUACUCGACAAACUUGAGACUUUCAGCUCGAAGAACAGUGAUCUCAAUGAAGAGCUACAGAGGGCCCAAAAGAAGGCUCUCAGCUUUGAAGACCUACUCUCUCAGCAUCAGAGGUUGCAAGAGUGCUUGUCCGAGGCCACUGGGGUUAACAUUACGCUAAGAGAGCAAGUAGAGAACCUACAGUGCGAGCUCAACAGUUCCCAGAAAGAGCAAAGCGAUCGAACCGUUGAAAUCGAAACACUUCGAUCGGAACUGAUCGGCGCCUUCGAAGUGAUGGACUCUGCGACAGCACAGGAGUCUCUUCUGAAGCUUCAGAUGCAGCUAAUGGAGACCAAGAUUUCUAGUCAGGCAGAAUAUUUCCAACAGGAGGUGGCAGUGCUGAAGAGUUCAAAGAACGAGCUGCAGCUGAAGCUGGAGUCCCUGCAAGAGAGCAAAACGAAGCUGGAGUCGUGCAGUCAAGACCUAGAAGUGGCAAUGAAAAAUGCCAGAAACCUCCAAAGUAUGCUGGAAGAGGAGCAACAAAUGUGUUGUUCUCUGCGCGAUGCCUACUCGAAACUGGAGGAAUCCAAUGUCCAGCUGGUGGGUCAACUAAAGGAAAAGGAUGCAGCAUGUGAGGCCUUCCAGGAUUCGUUGUCUCGGCAGAAUAAGGCUCUCGAAGAAGCCAAUGUCAAAUGCUUGGAAAUGCGGCAGGAAGUGAAGGAGGCCCGCAUGUCCGUGGAGGAACUAAAAAAUGAAUGCGAAACCCUGCGAUCAUCUCUAAAUUCCGCUUUGGCCCAGCAAGAACAAGUCCUUGCAGAAUCCGAUAAGCAAUGCCUCGAACUUCGUCAGAAAAUUGAGGAAAGUCGCCAGUUAGUAGCUCAACUCCAGGAAAAGGAAGCAGUUUGUGAGACCCUUCAGGAUUCCUUGUCUCAGAAGACACAGGCUCUCCAAGAAGCCAAUGGCAAAUGCUUGGAAAUGCGGCAGGAAUUGGAGGAGGCUCGCCAGUCCGUGGCGGCACUGACCAAAGAGUGUGAAAGUCUGCAAACGGCGCUGAAAACAACUGAGACGGAACGCGAUUCCUUGCGCAAUUCUGCGGCCCAGCAAGAACAAAUCCUUGCAGAGACCGAUAAGAAAUGCCUCGAACUGCAACAGGAAAUUAAGGAGAGUCUCCAGUUAGUUGCUCAACUCAAGGAAAAAGAUGCACUCUGUCAGACCUUCCAGGGUUCCUUGUCUCAGCAGACACAGGCUCUCCAAGAAGCCAAUGGCAAAUGCUUGGAAAUGCGGCAGGAAUUGGAGGAGGCUCGCCAGUCCGUGGCGGCACUGACCAAAGAGUGUGAAAGUCUGCAAACGGCACUGAAAACCAUUGAGGCGGAACGUGAUUCUUUGCGUAUUAGUGCAGCCCAGCAAGAACAAACUCUCGCUGAAACCAAUAAGAAAUGCUUGGAAAUGCGGCAGGAAGUGGAGGAGGCUCGUCAGUCAGUAGCUCAAGUCAAGGAAAAGGAUGCAGCAUGGGACGCCUUACAGAAUUCCUUAUCUCAGCAGAAAUUGGCUCUCGAAGUAGCCAAACAAAAAUGUUUGGAAAUGCACCAGAAAGAUGAGCAGUCUCGCAAGUCAGUGGCGACACUGACCAAAGAAUGCGAAACGCUUCGCACAACAAUGAAAACCAAUGAGACUGAUUAUCGCACUGAAAGGGAACGCGUACAGGCUACUGCGUCGAGUCUUUUGGAGGAUAAACGCAACCUAGAAGAAAAGGUGUGCACUCUGAAUGAUAUUGUGGAGAAGCUACAGGGUGACUUGACUACCCUUCAAGGACUCAAAGCCAACGCCAGCAAUGUGUCCUUUGAGUCCAAUGCGUCCAGCACGUCGCCCUCUGCACCAAGAAAAUCGAUAAGCUUUGAGUCCGACUGGCGUAAGAACCGACGGCUAAGCGUACACGAUGAGCGUCGCAGGCAGUCUUACUGGAACAACGUGCGCGAUUGGGGAACCAUGACGGAUCCCGUGGACAAUAACUGCAACUGUGUUGAGCUCAACCAAAAGCUGCAGGACUGCCAGCGAGACCUUUUUAUACGGGAGAGCCAGGUGACAGCAUUAAACAUUGAGCUCAAAAACCAUCCUCUGAAAGACGAGAAUGCCCAGCUACAAAAACGACUAUUGGAAGAACAGGAAAAAGCACGUGCCGAACUGAAGCGUCUUAAGCUGAAGAAUCAAGAUCUCACUAUGAAGGUCAAUGACAUGACUGCAGCGGCAUCAGCAUCAGUCCAAGGCCAAGCAUGCAGAAUAACCCCUGCGAUGAUCUCGGUGGAUACACAGACAGAGUCUGACUUGGAGAAGGUCCUGGAGAAGACAAACCUAAAGUAUCAAGACGCACUUAAACUGUGCCGCUUCCGCUACUCUAUGAUCCAAGAUUUGGAACAGAGACUAAAGCAAAACGAAAAUUGCGACACCUCCAACCUGACCUCCCUUACAGCAGGCCAAAUCAAUGCGCUUAAGACCCAAUGUGAGGCGUACAAGAAGGAAAUAUCAGCCAUGAACGAGAAAUACGAGUACGCUAAACGAGUGCUCAAGAUGCGCAAGGAUGAGGUGGUUGAACUGCGCGCUAAAAUCGCUGACUACGAGGCAGCCUCUACAGCCAAAUAAGUCGCUAUAACAUCAUAGUUUAGUUGUAUAUAACCUUUAGUUCUCUAUGCCCGUACCAAGAUCAAAUCGUUUAUUUCCAAUUAUUUAUUCCAUGUGAGAAGUCAAAACUUUCAAUAUUUUUCGGAGUAUUUUAAAUGUAUUUAUGUACUUGUCAUUAAGUUUAGUGUUGCAAGGUGGACAUGUAUCGAAUACACAGCUGCGCUGCCUACUGCAUAUUUCUGUACUAAUCUAAAUCUAUACGGUCCUUUAUAAUUUAAGAAUUCUAAAAGAAUUCGUCUUUAAUACCUCAUUAUUUGUGUACUUCUGUGCUGAUGAAGCAACAGGCAAUUGUGGACCUGUGGAAUUACUUACUUUUAUUAAAAAAAAAAAAAGAUCUUUGCAUCAAAUGUACCUGAAUCGAAGAAAGGAACCCCCAGCAAAUGUGCAGAUAGAACAUAUAGAAACACCAUAAACAUUGUUCUUCAUAACGCGGCUUUAUUGUAAUUUCAAUAAAUAUUUAUAACUUUCUAAGCA